GUCUUUUCACGAUAAUCUUAAUGCCACCUCGCCAAACCUCAAUUUUGUGGAAAAAGCUUGGACUGCUUGGUUUAAUUCUUUCGAAAAUGAGGCUAUUGCCACCGCUAUAAUAGCUUUCCUUAUGCAUGAAAUUGUUUACUUUGGACGUUGUGUACCUUUUUGGAUUGCAGACCUUAUACCCUUUUUUCGAAAAUAUAAGCUUCAAGCUAAUAAACCUAAUACAGUAGAAGAACAAUGGCAAUGCCUUAAAUCUGUUCUUUUUGCUCACUUUUGUAUCGAACUUCCAUUAAUUUUUAGUUUUCAUCCCGUGGCCACAAUCUUUGGAAUGGAAAUAACCACAGUUCCAUUCCCUCACUGGCAGAAAUUAGCAUUCCAAGUGGCCGUGUUUUUCGUUUUUGAGGACACAUUCCACUAUUGGUUUCAUCGUUUAUUACAUUACGGCCCUUUUUAUAAACAUAUUCAUAAACAACAUCAUGAAUAUUCUGCUCCUUUCGGAUUGGCGGCUGAAUAUGCUCAUCCACUUGAAGUAAUUAUUUUGGGCACUGGAACUAUUGGAGGUCCGCUUUUGUGGGUUUCGAUUACUCAUGAUCUUCACCUUAUUACCGUUUUCAUUUGGAUUAGUUUACGCCUGUUUCAAGCUAUUGAUGCGCAUUCUGGCUAUGAUUUUCCAUGGUCUCUUCGUCAUUUCAUUCCGUUCUGGGCUGGUGCUGAGCAUCACGAUUAUCAUCAUAUGGCAUUUGUUAAUUGUUUUUCUACUUCGUUUAGAUGGUGGGAUUAUUUAAUGGGCACUGAUUUAAAUCUGGAGUGGAGACAGUCCCUUCUUUGCCUUAUCCUUUUGUGUGAUAUUUGA